CUUCACUUCCGCUGGAUCGUGUGAGUUGAGUUGGUUAUCACCUACUAUUCCACUUAGGUAGGUGCAAGAUUAGCUAGCUAGGAUCGAUGGAGGAGCUGUGGAAGGAUAUCUCCACCCCGGCGGCGUUCCACUACUCCCCUGCCGCCGCUUCCUACCGCGACCGCGCCGCCUACCUCCACCAGGACUACCUCCAGCCUCCCCGCACGCCGCCGCCGCCGCAUGCUCCUCAUACGGCGCUCACCCUCCGCUCCCCCCUCGAGUUCACCUACCUCGGCUCCUCGGGUGUAGGUUCCGGACGCACGGCAGGACCGCCGUCCAACUCCACGAGCUCCGGCGACGACUCCCUGCACCUGCCAGUCGACCCCUUCGCCUUCUCCUUCCCCAGCAGCACAUGUAACAGCAGCAGGAGAGUUGCUCCUGCGCAGGCGUCAGCGGUGGGGAGCGGUGACCGGCGGCAGAAGAGGAUGAUCAAGAACCGCGAGUCCGCGGCUCGGUCGCGGGCGCGGAAGCAAGCCUACACCAACGAGCUGGAGCUGGAGCUGGCGCAGCUGCGCAGGGAGAACACCAUGCUCAUCAAGCGAGAGCAGGACCUCCACGAUCGUUUGGCGUUGGCGGCGCAGGCCCCCGACAGGUCCACUCUCCAGAGGUGCCGCUCAGCCCCAGCACCUUGAACCAUCCAUGAUCCAUCCAAUGCAGAAGCGCGGCAGCUUCCACUUAAUCAUAUAUAGCAGAGGCGAGAGGGUACUGUGUAAUAUAUUGCUAAGUGCAAUUAACUCUCCCUUCAAACUAGCUAGAUCACGUAGCUCUGGUGUGAUGAUCGACUAUGUUUGUAAUCUAGCUAGCUCUAUCGUGAAAUUAAGCAAGAGUAGUACUACCACUAUGGUGUAAUUUAUCUAGCCGAGAUGUCUCCUUAAUUUUGAGGGUAUCAUUAUCAACAACUAUCAAUGGAUUGAGCUGGGCAAUGGAGAUUCCAUCACGUACGUGCAACU